GUUGGCGAAGCGAUUAUUAUUUUCCAUCCCCGAUUGCCAUUUACUUGUUUCCGCCGCGCGAUCUGGCAACCCGGAGCUAACUGCGACAGCAGCGCCAAUGGCAGCAAAACAGAACAGUUAGAAGCGAGGAGGAUGACAGCAACAAGGUGAGAGGAGAUGGCGAUGAAGAGGAUGAGCGGCGUCCGAAGCUAACCAUGGCAGCGAGGAUCACAUAGUUCACUACGGCUGCCGUAACGGGGGACUCCAUCCAUUCUGACCAGCGUCAAGCGUCUCGCCACCGAGCAUGGUUCCUUGGCAGCGGCGGCGGCGGUGAGGAGGAGGAGGAGGAGGCAUGGGGCGGGAAGCUGAGGCGUCGAGACGGCCGUGAUGACAGCAUGGUCCAUGGUGGAGAAGCUCAAAAUGGAAAAACGCCCAUGCAGGGAGCAGAACAUUGACUCAAGGGAGGCCCAGCAUGCCACGGACGAGUCGGAGGACGGCAGCAGCUCCGACAGCGAAGCGGAGGAGCAGCAGCAGUGGCGGCGGCAGCAGCAGCAGCCCUACCGGGCUCAGUUGGGCCACAACGGCUGCAGGAGGAGAGAACCGUUGGCCGUGGCCAAGCCCCACCGCCAGCUCUGCCGCUCGCCGUGCCUCGACCGGCCCAGCUUCUCCCAGAGCAGCACCCUGCAGGACUUCCGCGACGACGAGUCCGGCGCCGCGCCGGGCGUCAGGCCCGCCAGCGAGAGGGAGUACCAGACCAAGAUGGAGUUCGCCCUGAAGCUGGGCUACUCCGGCGAUCAGGUGGAGACGGUGCUCAACAAGCUGGGGGCCGCGGCGCUCAUCAACGACGUUCUCGCCGAGCUCGUGCGGCUGGGGAACAAAGCCGAGCACGAAGCCCAGCCCGGCGGCGGCGGCGGCGGCACGGCCGCGUCCAUGUCACGCCCCGCCGGCGCUAAAGAGACCGUCAGUCCGGAGGUUUCAGUCGAAGAGGAGUCCGUGGAUACGCACGACAACCUCCGGCCCAUCGUCAUCGACGGUUCCAAUGUGGCGAUGAGCCACGGGAACAAGGAGGUGUUCUCCUGUCGGGGCAUCCAGCUCGCAGUGGAGUGGUUUCGGGAGAAAGGACACAAAGACAUCACCGUGUUCGUCCCCGCCUGGAGAAAGGAGCAGUCGAGGCCCGACGCCCUCAUCACAGAUCAAGAAAUCUUGCGCAAACUGGAGAAAGAGAAGAUCCUGGUCUUUACCCCAUCCCGAAGAGUUCAGGGCCGGAGAGUGGUGUGCUACGAUGAUCGCUUCAUAGUGAAGCUGGCUUUCGAUUCUGAUGGAAUUAUCGUGUCCAACGACAACUACAGGGACUUGCAAAACGAGAAGCCCGAGUGGAAAAAGUUUAUAGAAGAGCGCCUCCUGAUGUAUUCAUUUGUCAAUGAUAAGUUUAUGCCCCCCGACGAUCCGCUGGGAAGACACGGGCCGAGCUUAGAAAACUUCCUCCGCAAGAGGCCUGUCGUCCCGGAGCACAAGAAGCAGCCUUGCCCUUACGGGAAAAAGUGCACAUAUGGACACAAGUGCAAAUAUUAUCACCCAGAGCGCGUGAACCAACCCCAGCGGUCCGUGGCCGACGAGCUCCGAGCGUUCGCCAAGCUGUCCGCGGUAAAGACGAUGAGCGAGGGGGCUUUGGCCAAGUGCGGCACGGGUCCGGCCGCCGUUAAGGGGGACGCCUGCUCCGAGGCCAAACGCGUGGCGCCCAAACGCCAGUCCGAUCCCAGCAUCCGCUCGGUGGCCUGCGAACCUCCAGAGGCGCUCUCCGCGGCUCGGAAGUCCGAGGCGAAUUCAGUGCCUUCCCUCGUGUCUGCUCUCAGCGUGCCCACCAUGCAGCCCGCCAAGAGCCACGCCGCCGGGGCGUUAAACACGCGAUCCGCCAGCAGCCCCGUGCCGGGCUCCCUGCAGUUUGCACACAGCUCCCUGGAGCACAUGUCCAGCAUCCAGUACCCGCCCAUCCUGGUCACCAACAGCCACGGCGCCUCCGUCACGUACAACGAGCAGUUCCCCAAGUACGACUCCGUCAGCGACCACGGCUACUACUCCCUCCACAGCGACUUCUCCAACAUGAGCAUGAGCAGCAUGCACAACGUGGACAGCUUCUGUAGCAUGGAGCACGAGCACGCGUACCAGAGGAAUCCCAGCCACUGCCCCGAGUCCUGCCUCAGCCACUCCAACAGCGACUCCUUCUCCUCCUACGGGGAGCUCUACCCGAGCUCCGUGGACAGCAGCCUGGAGGAGAGCAUCAAGGGGCAGCAGCAGGCUCCCGCGCAGGCCCGCAUGCAGGCCUUCUCCCACGGCUUUCGCCACGAGGCGCUGACCCGAGUCCAGAGCUACGGGCAGGAGGAGCCGAAGCAGGGUCCCCGCAAGGCGCACCUGGCGCCUCACGUCCAGCACGCGGCGGUGGGGGCCCGCUCCAGCUGCCCCGGCGACUACCCGCUCGCUCAAAGCAUCCUGCCGCCUCUGUCCUCGCAGCCGACGCGCUCGCUGGGCAUGACGCGCAUGGACAGCAUAUCGGACUCCCGGCUGUACGACAGCAACCCGAACAGGCAGAGGCGGCCGCCGCUGUGCCGCGAGCAGCACGCGAGCUGGGACCCCCUGCCGUGCGGCAGCGAGUCCUACGGGUAUCACUCGUACCCGCUCAGCAACAGCCUGAUGCCGUGCUGCGAGCGGGUGAUGGUGCGCAGCAUGCCCGACAAAAUGGAGCAGAUCUGGAGCUCGCCGUGGGAGAACCCGUCGGCGGGCGAGCACCAAGAGCGGUACGUCAUUCCAGAUCACCAGUACCAGACGUACAGGAACCUGUGUAACAUCUUCCCUGCGUACGUAGUCCACUCGGUCAUGGAGAAGAACCCUCACUUGACAGAUCCACAGCAGCUCGCGGCUGUCAUUGUUACAAAAUUGAGGUCGUGCCACUGAGCGGCGUAUAAAGUGAAGGGAACACGAGGGAUUUGGUCAGACGCGAGGCUUUGUUUGGUGUGGCUGCAUGUGCAGCUCUCAGGAGCUUCUUACUUCGUCUUGUGUUUUUGGUGGGAAUCGUGUGGAGCAGUUUAUAGGUUCGAAUAAAUGGCACAUCCAAAAAAAAAAAGUCAAAGAAAACUCCUCCUAAAACUUUUUUUUUUUUUUUUUUUAUGAAGUGUAGUGUAGCCAAUAUGAAGAAAAGUGGAACUCAUUUAAAGGAACUCGUUCAUAACACAUUCAUACUGCCUGAGCACAAGCAGCAAAGCUACAUUUGCUCAACCUCAUUUUUUUCUAGAAAUUCUAGAAAGUUUUCAAGAGUCAAAUGCCUCUUAGGUUAUUGGUAAAUAUUGUACCGCCAUAAACCGCUGCCUGCCGUUUCUCAAAACGUUCGGGAACGUUCGCGAAAGCUGACCGGUGCGGUAAAGGGAGCCUUGAUUUAAAAGAAGUCAUAUUAGGCCUUAACCUUCGUCAGAAUCCGCUGCAUUACAACCACAAACUUCAAUGCAUUUCACUGAAAUCUUGUGAUAGACCACCAUAAAGUAGCACAUAACUGAACUGAAAGGAAAAUGAUAUAUGGUUUCAGGGUUCAGCCCCUUUUAAUCUGACUCCAGUGCAACCAGGACAGGUGGAGGUAAUUUAACCCCACUAUUACACAGCUGUCCUGCAAAAAACAGAUUUCAAAAACAUUAGUGAACAAACAGCAAUGUAAAAACACCCCCCUUAACAUGCCACCCCCAUGGUGAAACAUGGCGGCAGCAUCAUGCUGCGGGAUGCUUUUCUGAGGCAAGUUGUCAGGAUUUUCUGGAAGAUGGACGGAUCUAAAUCUGGAGCCCAACUACAAGCUGGAAGAGACUCGAGGCUUGCAUGGAAAUAAACUUUCCAGCUGGGCAACGAUCUAAACAGCCAGGCAGGUUUGGUUUAGAUCAGAGCAUAUUACUAGAAUAGUCCAAUCGGUCCAGACCUGAAUCCAAUAAAGGAAAUCUGCGGCCAGAGGUAAAACUAGCUGUUAACAUGCUCUCCAUCCAAUCUGAACGAUCUUUAGAUAUUGCAUUUUGCUAAUAAUGAUGAGCUUUAGGGUCUUGCUCAGGGACACAGAAUCGUUGUCUGUGGGGAUCUAAUGGGGGAACUUGCACCCUGCUCUGACCUCUAGGCCAGGCGUUCCCUAAGCUUUCAGCCUGCAACCCCCAGAAUAACAGUACCAGAGACCAUUGACCCCAAUUUGGCGAGAGGGAUUUUUUUUUCUUUUAAGGUAUAGUUGUAAAAUUAUAAGAAUAAAGUAAUAUUUCUAUUAAAACGCUUACAAAAAUGUGCAGCGGUCCCCCUACGUUAAAAAUGACCUGCGCCCUGCUCUAACCUCUAGGCCACCACUCCCUCCAGAAAUGUAAUGUCAGCUGGGAAAGACGUCCCUCAUAAACACUGGCACCUGUCAUUUCUGCAAAAGAUGCUUCUAGAGACUAAUGACUCAGGGGCCUCAGUAAUAAUGCACACUUUUCAGAAGUUGUUUUUUUUUUCUCUUUUGCAAAUAAAUUUGACAACCAUUUAUAAUUUUCCUUUCAGUUUUUCAAUUAUUCACAAGCCAGCGUUGGUCUGCCGCAUCCUAAUAAAAUACAAAUAAAUGCCUGGUUUUAAUUUAACAAUAAUCCUCUGGCACGCGCAGCUUUGAAGGGUGCCCUGACAUCAGUAGGUUGCGCUCUUUAGCUUCUGGUAGCAAGAGCAAGACCGCGGGAGGAAGCCGGAGUACCCGGAGGUAACGCGCGCACGCACAAGGAGAACAUGCACGCUCCACGCACAGAGACCUGAGCCUGGGAUUCAAACCUCAAGGCCUUCUCGCUGCAGGGCAACAACAGCCCUGUAGCGGCAGCAACGGAGUCCACGUCUUGAGAAAAACGGUUUGUCUAAUUUCCACCGCUCUAAAAAUACAGCGCACAGAUGAAGACACUUCCUGGUGUUUAUCAGCACACAGCUGGCUUAAAGCGGCAGCGUUUACAGCAGCGGCUCGGUGGAGCCGGCUGUAAUCGCCAAAGAUGAUCUGUCAAUCGUGGCGACGGCAGCUCCAGAGUUCCUGUCGUGUUUUGCUACCGCUGGCCCUUCUGAGGCCUUAUCGGCCUUUAAAAGGUAACGCGGCUCAGUCCCGCGCUUUGCUGCCUUCAGCGACGGUUUCCACUUUAACCGUCCUGGCUUUGUUGUUCCUUACAGAAAUCUGGCGUUGCUCGUUUAGCUCGCUGACUGUUAAAACCCAAACUUUAUCGUGGAACGCGACGCUAGUAUUAGCCCGGACAUUAAUGUGAAACUAAACAUUGCAGAAAUGGCCCUGCAGCGAUCUGCUGUGUUUUGCAAAACAAAUAUAUAUAUAUAUAUAUAUAUAUAUAUUAUUAACGAUAAAUCUCCCGCAAAUAGUGAGCAGUAAUAUUUAAAACGAUCCCACCAGAUAUUGUUAAUUUACACGCGGGCUGGGCGUACCGUUUUGGCCCCAUUCUUGACUCCUCCAUAUUUGUGCACGAUGUAGCUUUCCUGAAGACGCUGUUCAGGCCCUGUGAACACGUUAUGAAAGACAUCUGAAGUGUUUUUCGAGUGCAGUGGAACUAUAAAUAAUCUUGCUUUGCUAUGCCUCUGCUGUACAUAGUUCCUGUGAUAUUUUAUAUAUAUAGAUAUAUAUAUAGAUAUAUUUGUGCAUUUAUUUUCAAAUUAAGUAAAACGGAGGUAGGUAUAUACCUCACCGCAUGAACUAUGACAUUAUGGCCUUAUAUCUGAAUGACCUCACGCUUUAGUCAUUGUCCGAUUGGUUCAAGUGGACGUUGUUGUCAUUUAAAGCCUCCUGAUUUUUUUCCAAAUGUAAAGCACUAUCACACUAUCUAAAGAGGUAUAUUUUCUCAAAAGAAGCUACUAUUUUGGUAGGAUUUGACUGUGCACAAAGCAAGCCAAAAAGAGAUUUGACUUGUAGACACGUGCACUCAUAUUUAUGUACAUAUUAUCUCACAAAAGCCAUUAUUUUAAAGUUAUUUAUGAGCUGCUAAGAAAUGCCAAAAAAAAAAAAAAAAAAAAGGACAAGACUUUCUAUGGUGUUAGCAAUUAGCAUAUUUCCACUUUGUUCCUUCGGGUCAAUUGGAUGAUGGUAAAAAACUAGGUCUGGGUUUAGGAUUUCACGCUUCCUUUCCGGACCUUUUUUUUUUUUUUUAAUAGACGCAGCAUCCAGGAUUUGACUAUUUCCAUAUUUGUUGAAUCUCUUGUGGCGAUUGUGUUCAAAAGUAAUCAUCACCAGUAGUUCUGCUCAACUCCAGGUUUUCUGUAAAUCUGUCGGUUUUAGGUGUCCGGCUAUGUUUACACUCGUUUAAGGUUUCUAAGUAGGCCCGGGCCGGUGUGAGGGGAAACCAAGGUUUCACUGCUGAUACAUUGACCAUGCAGUAGAAUUACCUGAUUUUUAACUGGGUGGCACUCUUUUAGUUUUCAGAUCAUGAAAUAUACCUUCUAAUACCGACUCUAUUUCUAAAUAUCAAACACUUCCUUCCAUGCUUCUAUGCUUCCUUCCUUUGGUCCUUUUUCCAUUCUUUCUUCCUAGUGUCCUUCCUUCCUUUCUUUUUUUUUUCCUCUUUCAUUCCUUGCUUUGUUUUCUUGCCUCCCUGCAUCCCUCCCAUUUUUCCCGGUUGCAUAUUUAAGGCCUGCCCCCCUUGUAGAAACAUCUGCUGCAGUGACCGUUGCUCUUUCUUUGACGGCGAGUCGUGGGCAACUUUAGACCGUAGGAACAGCUUGAAAGAAAAAAAAAUGUUUUUUUCCUAUAAAACCUUGGUGUCCCUUGAUACCGGAAAGCGGGCCGUGCCUAUUUCCAGGUUUAGAAAUAGGCACGGCCCCCGGAUCACGUGCUAAUGGGCGUAAGAGCGCUGCUGAAACGGCGCGCACCGUUAAACAGCCGAGCUAAGCAGUUUCACACGUGAACACGAGGGUUUUUUUCCAGGAAAACUUUCUUCCACCGUUGCCUGUUCGAACAAGCACUUCAUUCUGAGAGUUUUAGUUUUUCCUUCCCUCUAGAAAUCCUGCUUAUAGCAGCAAAAAAAAAAAAAAAAAAAGCAACAAGAGAGGUGGUGGGGAGAGUGCUCCUCUGGUGGAGACCGGGGUCAGAAAGCUUGCAGUGCGAAGUGAUGCUUCGCAGUGGAAAACGGUGACGUAGCCACAGUUUUAGGGGGAAAGUGGAAACUGUUCCACUCGCACAACUAACAAUGAUGGCUGCUGAGGAUCUGCCGGUGACCCGCCCCAUUAUCCCUUCUGGGCAUGUGUGGGUUUACCUUUUCCCGAGCAGAAGCGAUCUAGUUCGAGCAGAUAUCAAAUUUUAGCAGGAAGCAAUUUGUUUAGAUAGGAUCAAACAUGUCUAACGGUAUGCAAACCGAUGUGAGUUAGGAAUCUAUGCUUUUUUU